AUGCCCGUUUGUUCCGCAUACAACCCCGACCCUGGGACAAUCUACAACUGCCCAGAGCCUGGACCCCACCCGAAGCCUGUUCCCAGCUAUUCAUUGGCUAUCAGAGCUCUGGAUAGUGGAAUCCCACCCAUGUCAUCCACUGUGAUGGUCAACAUAGAUAUCUCUGACAUCAAUGACAACCCCCCCACCUUCUCCCCGGCCAACCUCAUUACUGUCAUACAGGAAAACAAGCCGAUUGGCACCAGCAUCCUGCAGUUGUCAAUCACAGAUCUGGACUCUUCCCACAAUGGCCCACCCUUUGACUUCCACCUCCUGUCAGGAAACGAAGGUGGAGAGUUUGUGCUAGAUAAAGAUGGAACACUUGUGGCCAAUCAAGUAUUCAGGAGGGACCUGGCAACUGAAUAUGUUAUUCAGAUACAGGUAACAGACUCAGGAAAGCCUCGUCUGUCCUCCUCUUCUAUGCUGACAGUCAGGGUAAUUGAGGAGAGCCUCCACCGGCCAGUGGCAUUUCCACUAGAAGUUCAUAUUGUCACUAUGGAGGAUGAAUUUCCUGGUGGUGUGAUUGGCCAGCUGCACGCCACCGACGCUGACCCUUAUGAUGCACUGACAUUUGGCCAUGCCCCCCCAGUCCAGCGCAGUCUCUUUAAGAUCAGUCCUCGUGAUGGGAAGAUCAUCGCCCUGGGUGGGUUAGAUGCAGGCAGGUACUCCCUCAAUGCCAGUGUUAGUGAUGGCCGCUUCGCCGUGCCUGUGCCAGUGAGCGUGCACGUGGAGCAGGCAACACCAGAGAUGCUACAUGAGGCGGUGACAGUACGCUUUGAGAGUGUGGCACCACAAGAUUUUGUGGGGUUGCACCUGAAGAGUGUGUUGAAGGUACUGCAGCAGGCCGCCACUUCACAGCAGCAAGACACGCUGCACCUGCUUAGUCUGCAGCCAGUUGGCGGGACACAACAGUUGGACAUGCUCAUUGCCGUGGAAAGAGCAGGGGACGGGUACUACAAGGCCGCCUAUCUCACCCAGAAACUCAGUGCAUCACGGCGGCAGCUGGAAGAGGUCCUCAGAGUGUCAGCUAUCUUAGACAAGAACUGUUCGGGGCUGGAGUGCCGCGGGGCACAGUGCGAACAGAGUAUCAUCCUGGACUCUCACAACCUGGCUACAUACAGCACGCCACGGGUCAGCUUUGUCUCACCACGUUUCCACCGGACCUCACGCUGCACAUGCAACGAUGCCAGCUGUGCUCUCCUGUCAGAGCAGUGUGAGGACCAACCAUGUCCAGCAGACAUGCAGUGUGUUUCAAUUGAGGCCAAUAGAGGGCGCUAUGCAUGCCAGUGUCCACCAGGCAAACUAGGAGAGUGUGCAGGUCAUUCGUCUCUGAGUUUUUCGGGUAACAGCUACAUCAAGUACAGACUGUCUGACCGGCUGCAGACGGAGCUGAAACUCAGCCUGAGGAUCAGAACACUGCAGAGCCGAGGAAUCAUCAUGUACACACACACUGAACCCUGCACUGUGCUCAAGCUGGAGGAGGGGAAGCUGUGGUUCCAGCUGGCCUGUAGCCUUGGCGAUGGUGUUGGUGAAGGUGGUGACAGUCCGGACAUGUUGGGCAUCUCUGGCCGACGUAUCAAUGAUGGCAGCUGGCACACUGUGGCAUUGGAGCUGAACCGCAACUUCAGCAGUCUAGCGCUGGAUGACAGCUACAUUGAGCGGCGCCAUGGACCUCCAUUUAUACGACCACUUGCUCCGGACAGAACCAUCUACUUUGGAGCACUGGUGCAGAACCCUCACUCUCGCAGCCUUGUGGACUCCCAGAAAGACCCGCAGGUGCUUGAGGGUUUCCAGGGCUGCUUGGACUCAGUCAUGCUGAACAACAACGAGCUGCCACUACAGAACAAACGCUCGCGCUAUGCAGAGGUGGUAGGACUGACAGAGAUGAAACUGGGCUGCAUCCUCUAUCCUGAUGCCUGCCUGCAGCAGCCCUGCCGUAAUGGAGCGACUUGCACCAGCCUGCCCUCUGGUGGGUUCUCAUGCAGCUGUAACCCCCAGUACACCGGAGGACGCUGUGAGAUGGAGAUUACAGCCUGUGUUCCCAACCCGUGUCAGAACAGUGGUGCGUGCAAGCCAAUCGGCAAUGCCUUCCUCUGCAGUUGCAGGAGAGGCUUCAAGGGUCUGACCUGUGAAGAAGAUGUGAAUGAAUGCGACCGCAACAAUCCAGAGGGUGAGUGUGAAAACGGUGGCGUCUGCGUCAACACUCACGGUUCCUUCUACUGUAACUGCACAGCGGGCUUCGUGGGCCAGCGCUGUAGCCUGCGGCCUGUUGUCGUCCCCGACAUGCAGGCAGGUCACGCUGUCGUGGGUAAAGAGGAACUGAUCGGCAUUGCUGUGGUGCUUUUUGUUAUCAUCACCCUCAUCAUCCUCUUUAUUGCUUUUCGCAAGAAGGUUUUUCAGAAGAAUUACUCACGGAACAACCUGUCUCUGGUCCAGGACCCAGCCACUGCAGCACUCCUUAACAAGGCCAACGGUGUUCAGUUUAAGACCUUACACUGCACACCAGGAGACCCUCUCAACCUGUAUGCAGAGUCAGGGCUGGGGCCCACCAUGGUGGGGGUUGGUGGGAUGAUGGGACCUCCACAAGUCCCUGUGAGGCCCAUGGCAUACACACCCUGUUUCCAAGGAGACCCGCGGUCCACACUGGAGAAGGUGGUGGAUGGGCGCGGUGUAGAGCAUACAGAGAUGAGCACCUUUCACCCCGAGUCACCAAGGAUCCUGUCAGGAACAACCAGGAGGGGAGUGGUGGUGUGCAGUGUGGCCCCCAACCUGCCGCCAGUGUCGCCCUGUCGCUCAGACUGCGACUCCAUACGCAAGAGCCCAUGGGACAGUGAUGAGGGUAAGAUGGUUGACAUGGCAGAAGAAGUAACUUGUUUCUCAGGGAGCAACAAAGGCAGUAACUCAGAGGUCCAAUCACUGAGCUCCUUCCAGUCUGACUCCUGUGAUGACAAUGCCUCCAUAGUGACCGUCAUUCGACUGGUCAAUGAUGCAGUCGACACAAUCGAAAGUGAAGUGUCAGUUAUGGACCACGGUCAAACCUACAACAGAGCAUAUCACUGGGACACAUCAGACUGGAUGCCGAGCACCAGACUCUCAGACAUUGAAGAGGUGCCGAACUACGAAGCAGGUCCUGGUAGUGAUGUUGCAGGCUCAGCUCCCCGCCUUGGAGGAAGCACCCGUGAACUGGAGUCAGACUACUACCUGGGAGGUUAUGACAUUGACAGCGACUACCCCCCUCCCCACGUAGAAGAGUUAUUGAGCCAAGACCAGCUGCCACCUCCGCUGCCCUUAGGUGAGGACUAUCCUGAACCCUAUACGCCAAUGUCUGCCAACCUGCCUGUCUCAACGGAGAGCACCCUGAGCUCUAGCAGCACUGGGCAUCAGCAUGCCAGGCCACACUUCCACCCCAGCCAAUACCUGCCUCCACACCAGUUGCCCCUUGGGGAAGGGCCCCACGGGGACUUCAACACUUCAGUUGGUGUGGUAACCGCAGGAAGUGGGGACACUGAUGACUCUUUGUCGCUAAAUAUGCGACUGUCUGUUGGUGCAUCAUCAGCCUCAGACGUGUCAGCUCCAUGCGGGCUGGAUGACUCUGAACAUGGCAGCGACUUUGACAGUAUGGAUGAGCUUCGUCGAGGGGUGACCAUCAUCACUGACUCACAGCAACAGACUGAGGUGUGAAUGAUUGACUAGUACAGGGAUUCUGUCGGGUCUAUAAUGGGACAGAAGGAGCAUAGCAUUGGUGCAGAUGACAGUAAAAGCAGAUGUUAUCACAGGGGAAGAAAUGCUUUGUCAGCAAUGCUAGGUACUGCUACAACCACAGACAUUGUCAGUAACAAUGACAUUAAAACUGCAAAUUUAAAACCGCAUUUCACUUGUUCUACAUACUAUUCUCCCAUGCAACUCGGUCCAGAAAUGGAAAUGUUUUAACAUUAAAUCAAACUGUGUUGUCAGUCCUGUCCCUGCUGUGCUGAGCAAUCAGAAGUGUCCUUCCUGUUCCAAUAGGGAUUUGUAACGUGAAAAGAAAAAGGUAGAGAAUGUAAAUGAGGAAGACUAAUUCAAAUGAGACUAAAACAGAUGUGGUAGAGAAAAUCAGACAAAAGAGAAGGGACAAUCAUGUAAGUGAAAGCAUUGUUUUGUUCCCUGCUCCUUUACAGAAGCCCAUCAGACAACUUCUUUCUAAGAAAAAAAAAGAUACAAAUCCCCACGUUUCUUUUUUCCUCCUUGAUUUGUAAACUUUGUAGUGCUCUGAGCUUGUACAGACUUUGUAAAAUAGUACGACCUUACUGGUGAAUAAGUAUGAAACAGUGUUGUGGCCACAUUUCAAAAAGCCAUUGUUUUAAUGUGGAAUGUGCUUGUUCCUUUCCCAAAAAAUCAAUCCUCCACAUCAAGCCAUGACAUUUCAACCAUCCUUCAACCAGCCAAGAGAUGCUGUAGGUUUUAAUGCAUUUAAGGUGUUAUCUCAACUUCACAAGCAAUUGUCUUAUCAAACCACAGUAUUUACAUUGUUGUCUUUUAAGACUACUAUGGGAUAAAUAUUUAAUUCUAAUAUUACCUCAAAAUAGUUUUAAGGUGAUCAGGACUCAAGUCAGGAUAACAGUCUAUCAACUAUCAUUGCGUAUCCAACUCUAUUAUUUCAGACUGGAGAGGGAGGUUUGAUAUCAACAUUAACUUUUUGUUUUAUCUCAUUAAUAAAUGUUAUUAGCCGAUGAUAACAGUGGUGGUGGAAGACUUCAGUUACAUUUUUAGGUACUUCUACUUUUGUAUUUUCUUGUAUGCAACUUUUACUUCACCACACUUGACUGGAGGGAAAGUACUCCCAGUACUUUUUUAUAGUAACAAUAUGAACUAUAAUAGUAGAAACAUGACUAAAAAUAAUAAUGACGAUGACAGCAAUAAUAAUAAUAAUAAUAAUAAUAAUAAUAAAAGCAGUGAGCUAGUCAAGUAGGAGGCACAAUCUGAUUGAGGCACAACCACAAUACAUGGGAACAUGUGAGACAACAAAGCACAAACAACCACAACAUAGUUUGUUGAAUUGCAAAGAUGACAUAAUUAAGACAUGAUCAUGACAAAAUAGUUUAUCUUCAGAGAUAGUAGAAGACGUAGUAAUGUUACAAGACAAAUCCUAAAAGUGCAUAUUAGUAACCACAGCCACUCUUCACAUUGGACAUUUUAUGUUAUUGAAUUGCACUACUGAUUAGGUAUUCGCUAUGUUCUAAAAUCCUACAAGCCUUGGUGGUGGUAUGUCAUUCUAAUUAUUCAAUCAAGAGGAAAAUAGAUUUUUUAAUUUGUUUUACCCCAUUUGUUUGACCUGUUUAAUGUAACACCACUAUUCUCAAAAAAUAAUGCGGAGCAGCAACCUUUUCAAUAUAAUAGCAUUCCAGUGUUUUCUGUUACUUUGUAGCAUUUUCACCAUAACUGCAGACAGAAGUCAAACCCUUAUCCAGGUCACUAAUGGCGUUUCCAUCUGGCCUCCAGACUGCUUCAAAUCGUCACUGUCUGGUACUAUAAUAUGCCUGAUCUAUUCGGGCAUGCAGCUCUUUUUUUCUUUGUAAAAGAUGUAUCUUUGUGUUUAAAUCUCUGUACAGUGUAUAUAGCUAGGUUGUUAAAAUGCAGAUUUUGUAGAUAUGGAAUUGCAAAUCCUGAACUGCCUUUUCUUUGUUUUAUUUGACUGUUGGAUGUGAAUGUGGACAAUAAGAGACUUUGGGAUACCAAUUAUUUUCACAUUAUUCCUCCUCUGCCACUGACUGACUGAAUGCCAUUUCAAUGUUAUAGGUGAAUUUUGCACAAUAUUAAAUACAGACAUUACAUCCCA